GCUGAAUAUUGUGUGAAUGCUGAAUAUCUUCAAUAUGUUUAAUAAUGAACGAUCGUUUCACGUUUGAUUUUCUUUGGCAGCAGUCCAUUGGCAAAUAUAAAUAAAUAUAAUAAUAAUUCAAUAAGCUGACUUUGGCGGCUUUUACAUACAUACAUAAUUUUGUUUAUUUACGUGGUUGUGUGGGCGUGGCAGCUGCUAACCAAAGUGCAAUUGGAAUCGGCAUUGAGAGCGGAACUGCAAUCGGUAUUUGGAAUCAAGAAAUACAAGUGCCCAACAGCCCCCGCCCGCCCCCUGGAGGGGCAGCUGCGCUGCAGCUGCAGCGGCGCCAGCGACAACUAGAACGGCACAGACGAGCAGCGUCACAAGCAUGACGACGCUGGCAGCGACGUCGACGUCGACAGCGAUGCCAGUGGAUGGCAUUGGCACUGCGAAAAUGUUUUCGGAUGCGGAUGUGGCGGAAGUGCGGCACGUUGUGCAACGCAUUUUGGUGCCGUGCGUUUUUGUUAUUGGACUAUUGGGAAAUUCAGUGAGCAUUUAUGUUUUGACGCGGAAGCGCAUGAGGUGCACUACAAAUAUUUAUCUAUCGGCUCUGGCAAUUACGGAUAUUGCGUACCUGACCUUUGUAUUAAUUUUAUCACUCAAACACUACGAAUAUAUCAAAUAUCAUUGUGAGCUAUAUUGGCGACUAUAUGGCUUUAUAAUGUGGCUAUGCGACGCAUGUGCGUACAUCUCAAUUUACAUAGCCGUGUGCUUCACCAUCGAGCGAUUUAUAGCUAUACGCUAUCCGCUCAAAAGACAAACAUUCUGCACUGAGUCGCUGGCCAAGAAGGUAAUAGCAGCCGUCGCGCUCUUCUGCCUGUUGACCACGCUCUCGACGGCGUUCGAGCACACAUAUGACAUCAAUUGGAAAUUGAUUGAUGGCGCCUAUAGGCCCUGCAAUCUGACGCUGGCAAAUGUGUCGCCCACACCGGCCCAGCCCACCCCGGCGACCGCAUGGCAUGUAGAUGAGCAUGCGAACAAUGCUGCCACGCCUCGCUAUCUGGAGCCCUUCGAUUUAAGCAGCGGCAGCGGCAGCGGCGCUGGCGAGGCAGUAACUUUCUAUCUAUCCCUCUCUCUCUCUCUCUUCAUCGCUUUCGUUUUAUCUCUCACUGUCCCUUUGAAAGACCACAUUCCAAGCAGGCAGCACCGGUUACCAGCAUCCACGUCCGCCUCGGUGGGCGUGACAGCCGCAGCCACCGAUCCGGCAACGGGGGCGGCCACUGCGAGCUUGCUGCAGUUGUCACGUGCCAGACGCAGCGAGGACAACUUUGACAACGAGGCCAGCUCUAACAACAAUUACAACUACAACAAUAAUAGCGCAUUCGCAUUUAACAUAACGGAAUACUGUCAAAAUAUGACUGUCUAUACAAAUGGGCUAUCGAGUCUGGGCCAAAAUGCCCUGUACUUUAAUAUCUGGAGUGUGUACACAUUGAUUGUAUUUGUGGUGCUGCCGCUCUUUGUGCUGGCCACCUUCAACUGUUUUCUCAUUCUGCUUGUGCACCGCUCAAAGAGCCUUCGUGGGGAUCUUACCAACGCCAGCAGCAUCAGGCGAACCAAGCGUAAGUCCAACUCCGGGCUAACGGGCAGCGUAUCGCAGGAAAAUCGGGUGACCAUCACGCUGAUUGCGGUGGUGCUUCUGUUCAUUGUAUGCCAGCUGCCUUGGGCCAUCUAUUUGAUACUGGUGCAGUAUGUGGAAAUCGAAAUGAAUAUACAAAGGAUUGCCGGGAAUGUGUGCAAUCUGCUGGUUGCCAUCAAUGCGGCUGCCAAUUUUUUCUUAUAUUGUGUCCUCUCCGACAAGUAUCGGAAGACGGUGCGUGAGCUAAUCACGGGCUAUCGAUAUCGCCAUCGGCACGCGCGCAACAACAUCAGCCUCUAUGCGCCACACACGACGACUACGCUCAAUGGGGAUGGAGCCGGCGGCGGUGGUGCGAGUGGCUAUGGUAGUAGAUACAGCGGUGCAAGCAGUCGACGUUGCCGUGGUAAAUCGGCGGUCGCGAGGCGUUUAAUUGCGUGAGUCACGAAGUCACGAGUUGAGUGCGGUUCCUGAUCAUCGAUAAUUAUUGUAACAUUUUUUUUUGUCUUAUAGCUAAAUCAUGUCUCAUUUUUACAAUUCGAAAGCUGUACAAUCCUAAAAACUCUGUGUUAGACUAAGCUGAGCAGUGCAUACAUAUUUUAACUUUUUACUAUUUACGACCAUACAUUUGUGCCAUAAUGUGAUGAUUAUAGUUUGUAUGAUAUGUAGUUAUCCUAAUCGUAAUUGUUGUUGUCCUAAGCGUCAUAAAUGUGUAGUCUUAAUAAAUACAAUUGAGAUCA